AUGCCGUUUGCAAGGACCAUGGCUGAUUGGGUGCUCGCUUCGAUCUUUUUUCUUGGCCGCUAUGUUGCCUGCUUCUUCUUGUUCCUUGUGAGAGUUUGCUUCCAUAUCUGUUGGCUAAUUCUUGCUUCCUUCGCUCUUGAUGAGCUCAACCGCAUCAUUAUUGGCUACUGCUGUAUCAACCCAUUCGAGUACCAGCCAACCUUCGAGUAUCCGCGUGCUCCGACUCCUCCUCCACCACCGCCUACCCCCCCACGGCCUACUCCUCCACCACCACCAGCAACAUGGGUGACGGCUCAAGAUAUUGAUGGUCUUCCUUGUGAAGAGCUUGAUGGUGUCUCUUUUCGGUUCAAGUAUCGCUUCCAUGAUGACGUUGAACACGUCCAAGGCUCCUUGCGAGUUGAUAGGUAUGGCAACACUCCCAUGCACAGACUUUGGGUGGACGGACACCUCUCUCUCCCAUGUCCAACAGGGCAGAAGAAGCGAGUGAAAGGAGACCGCUACGAUUACCCAAUCCUUUUGCCAUUGGGUGGUACGUUCGUUGCCUUGGAUGAUCUUGGAGCGAGUGAAAAGUCACAGACGAAGUAUUUCCUUUUGAAGGUGGAGUUCUCUGGCAAUGCCGACGGGCUGGAAGUGCUGCAGUUGAUUGUGCCUGUUCGCAACUCUUCUGAAAGGCUCUCCGCUUGCUUGGCUUUCCAAAAGCAGCUCUUUCGAGCACUGAAGGUUGCAGCAAACACAGCUGGCUAA